AAUGAUUUUCUCGCCCACUUCUGCUUUCCCUCUUCGAUUUUUCCACACUCUCUCUCCUCGCUGCCCAUACUGAAGGCUACAAAGAGAUGGCUUCGACGAUGCUCUCUCUCGCCUCUCCUUCAGCUUCGUUAUCGUUGCCAGAUAAUUGCAAGACAAAAUUGAAGCUUGGCAGCUCUGAUCAUGUUACUCUUUUGGGGAAGGACAAAAGAAAUCCCUUUAUGAAGAAGAAGUCACAUGGUAGGAUAAAUAUGGCUGUUGCUGUUAAUGUUUCUCGUUUUGAGGGUAUAACAAUGGCUCCUCCUGAUCCCAUUCUGGGAGUCUCUGAAGCAUUUAAAGCAGACACACAUGAGAUGAAGCUCAACCUUGGAGUCGGGGCCUACCGAACAGAAGAACUUCAACCUUAUGUUCUUAAUGUUGUUAAGAAGGCAGAGAAUCUUAUGCUAGAGAGGGGCGAAAACAAAGAGUAUCUUCCAAUUGAAGGUCUGGCUGCAUUCAACAAAGCGACUGCAGAGUUAUUAUUUGGAGCAGACAACCCUGUACUUCAACAACAAAGGGUUGCCACUGUUCAAGGUCUUUCAGGAACUGGUUCUCUUCGACUUGCUGCUGCACUUAUAGAACGGUAUUUUCCUGGGGCAAAAGUUCUGAUAUCAUCUCCUACUUGGGGUAACCACAAAAAUAUUUUCAAUGAUGCUGGAGUUCCUUGGUCUGAAUACCGCUACUAUGAUCCAAAGACAGUUGGUUUGGAUUUUGAUGGGAUGAUAUCAGACAUAAAGGCAGCCCCUGAAGGAUCUUUUGUCUUGCUUCAUGGCUGUGCUCACAAUCCAACUGGCAUUGAUCCAACUCCAGAACAAUGGGAAAAGAUUGCUGAUGUCAUUCUAGAGAAGAACCACAUUCCAUUUUUCGACGUUGCAUACCAGGGAUUUGCAAGUGGAAGCCUUGAUGCAGAUGCAUCAUCUGUGAGGUUGUUUGCUGCACGUGGUAUGGAGCUUUUGGUUGCACAGUCAUACAGUAAAAAUCUGGGUCUUUAUGCAGAAAGGAUUGGAGCAAUGAAUGUACUCUGCUCUUCAGCUGAUGCGGCAACAAGGGUAAAGAGCCAACUGAAAAGGCUUGCUCGACCAAUGUACUCAAAUCCUCCCAUUCAUGGGGCUAAGAUUGUUGCCAAUGUUGUAGGGAAUCCAGUUCUCUUCAAUGAAUGGAAAGAUGAGAUGGAAUUAAUGGCUGGAAGGAUAAAGAGUGUGAGACAGAAACUAUUCGACUGUCUUACUGCAAAGGACAAGAGUGGGAAGGAUUGGUCGUUUAUCCUCAAGCAAAUCGGCAUGUUCUCUUUUACAGGCCUGAAUAAAUCUCAGAGCGACAAUAUGACAAAUAAGUGGCACGUGUACAUGACCAAGGAUGGAAGAAUAUCGUUGGCAGGAUUAUCUGCAGCCAAAUGUGAAUAUCUCGCGGAUGCCAUCAUCGACUCAUUCCACAAUGUCAGUUGAAAGAAAUAGAUGGAUGAGAUUCUUAACGAGACUCAGGUCGCCAAGUAUUUUGGUGAGUUAAUUUGCUCAAUAGUUCAGCCUUCAUUUACUGAAUACAGUUUUGUUGAAACUUAGAAUAAUGUACUUUGUUAGAAAUUUUCACCAUUUGAAUUUAAUAAUAUGAGGCAAUCUUUUACAAAUUACUUUUUUCCUGGGAAGUGGAUGUUAUGUAAGAACUUGAAACUUACAAUACCGAAAUUUCGUAAUAUUUUACAGUUACCUUUUUUCUUGAAAA